UAGGAAGGAAGGAGGCGCUAGACAGCAUGGAGGACUUUCUGCUCUCCAAUGGGUACCAGCUGGGCAAGACCAUUGGGGAAGGGACCUACUCAAAAGUCAAAGAAGCAUUUUCCAAAAAACACCAAAGAAAGGUGGCAAUUAAAAUUAUAGACAAGAUGGGAGGGCCAGAAGAGUUUAUCCAGAGAUUCCUGCCUCGGGAGCUCCAAAUUGUCCGUACCCUGGACCACAAGAACAUCAUCCAGGUGUAUGAGAUGCUGGAGUCUGCCGACGGGAAAAUCUACCUGGUGAUGGAGCUGGCUGAAGGAGGGGAUGUCUUUGACUGCGUGCUGAAUGGGGGACCACUGCCUGAGAGCCAGGCCAAGGCCCUCUUCCGUCAGAUGGUUGAGGCCAUCCGCUACUGCCAUAGUUGCGGUGUGGCCCACCGGGAUCUCAAGUGUGAGAAUGCCUUGUUGCAGGGCUUCAACCUGAAACUGACUGACUUUGGCUUCGCCAAGGUGUUGCCCAAGUCACGCCGGGAGCUGAGCCAAACCUUCUGUGGCAGCACGGCCUAUGCCGCCCCUGAGGUGCUACAGGGUAUUCCCCACGACAGCAAGAAGGGUGACGUCUGGAGCAUGGGCGUCGUCCUCUACGUGAUGCUCUGUGCCAGCCUACCUUUUGAUGACACAGACAUCCCCAAGAUGCUGUGGCAGCAGCAGAAGGGGGUGUCCUUACCCACUCAUCUGGGCAUCUCGGCCGAAUGCCAGGACUUGCUCAAGCAGCUCCUGGAACCAGACAUGAUCCUCCGGCCUUCAAUUGAAGAAGUUAGUUGGCAUCCAUGGCUAGCAAGCACUUCAUAAAAGCAAUGGCAAGUCCUCCCCAAUAAAGCAGGGGGAGAAA